CUCAUUCCUCCCUGUACCGGCUAGGGAGACACAUACCGCCUGCUGCCUGCUGCCUGUCUGCCUGAGCUCCAGGCUCUGCUGUCCUCUCCGCUCCCUCCCCCCACAUGCAGCUCUCCGUAAGGGGCAACGCUGACAUCCCCCGACUGCCUACACAGCUCCAUUGCUCUGCGGUGCAGAUGCUCGCUCUCUCUGAGUGAGUUUUUUUCCUCUCCUCUGCUUGCUCUAGCUCUCAGGCUGAGGGAUUCAGCAGAUAAUCAGUGUGUCGGCGAGUGAGAGAGAGCGACUGAAGCAAAGAGAGAGAGAGAAAGCCUGGAUCAGGUGCAGGAGCCUUCCCUUCGUCUGUCUCUUUCUGUUACUCUCCCUUUCAGUCUGUCUUCAGCCUGGCACAUACCGAAGCGUAGACAGGACUCAUAAUCCAGGAAUAAGCCAUCAAUUCACUCUCCUUCUCUGGGACUCACCGCAAAGGAGGGAGAAGAGGAGGGAGACACUCACAGCAGGACUUUGCAGACUGACAAGUCUUGCUUUUUAUUUCUUUGCUCGCUCUGCGUCCCACCUCACCCUGCCCCUCCCCUCUAUCCCACCCGCACCCCUGCUUGCUCCAACACACACCCACCCAGAGUGUGUAUCCAGGGGAGGACAGACAGACAUACAGAUAAACAGACGGACGGACAGAUUGCCAGAAGGACGCAGUAGGAUAUGGAGUCCAAAGGAAGCGGCAGGUUCACUAUGUCCAGGUUUUUGCGCUCAGGAGACACCGUCCAUGCCAGUGUUGUCGUCACACUUCUGCUCGGGGUAUGGUGUGCUUCAGCGCUGGAGGUGUCAGUGGGGAAGGUGCCCUUCAUGGAGGCGAUGAACGGCAGCACGGUGCUGUUACCCUGCAUCUACUCCAGCUGCAUCGGCAUCAAGAACCUCUACUUCAACUGGCACUACAACGACAACGGCACCAUGGCGAAGCUGUGUGAGGCUGUGAUCCCUAUAGAAGGUGUGGAACCACGGGUGCAGGUGUACCAGGAGCGGAUAGAGUUUGUGGGCAGCAGUAAGCACAACAACAUCUCCAUCCUGCUGUUCAACGUGACCUUCGAGGACGAGGGAGAGUACACCUGUUUCGCCCGGAACCCCAAGGAGAAGAACCGUAACCACAGCGCCAUCUUCACCCUGUUCGUGGUGGAUGAAUUGAAAGUGGUUGACAAUACCGUAACCACCAUCAUCGUGUCUGUCGUUGGCGGAGUCAUUGGCUUGAUCAUUGUUGUCAUGGUGACAAAGACGGUGGUGCUCCUCAUCCUAAAAAAGUCUGCAGAGAAGAAUAAAGAGUGCCUUGUGAGCUCAGGACAGGACAACACAGAAAAUGGACUGAACACAGCCAAAGCGGACAACAAAGCCACACCAAAGGCAUGAAACAUGUGCACCUAUGUAUAUGUACAUAUAUGUCUGUACAUGUAUAUAUGUACACAUGCAAAUAUAUUGAACAGGCAUAGAAAGAAAGCUAUUAUCAAUGAACUGUUUUAUCUUUAUCUAAUGACAAAAGUAUAACAUAAACCAACGUGAAAUAGUAUGUCAAAUGUAUAUUUUAAAUUGUGCUAGAGAUUUUGGGGAACAUGAUAACUGAUCAGGGCUGGAUCAGACACUCCAAUGACACACCCUAAAGAUUGUGUAUCCAAUUCGGAGUUUAUUGAGGUAUUUAUCCGAAUCGGGGCAAAGCUUACUUUUCUGGAAUCAACAUCAAUGUCUCACCAGUUACUCAUUCAUGUGCACUAUGUAAAAACAUCUGGUUGACGUUUAUUGGGAUGAAUCUUGUCCUGGGGGCAGAGCUGAGCGGUUUCCGCUAGAUUUAAGAUUAGGGUUAGGCAUAAGGUUAACAGUGUGGUUAAGGUUAGGGUUAAGGUUAGGUUUAAAACAGAGGAGGCUGCCCGGGAGGAGCUAGAGGAGGAUGGACUCAUUGUAAUGCCUGGAAUGGAAACGGAGUCAAACGUGGUUUCCAUAUGUUUAAUGUGUUUAAUACCUUUCCAUCAUUCCAUUCCAGUCAUUACAAUGAGCCUGUCCUCCUAUAGCUCCCCCUACUAGCCUCCUCUGGUUUAUAAUCAGACUUUUACUUUGAGGCUAAACCAGCUAGUGACCACCCUGCAGAGCUGCCUCCAGGACAAUAUUCAUCCCAAUAAACACACACACAGUAACUCACACACUGCCAAGUUCUACUAACUGCCACAUUGUAUACUCUACAACAGCACAAUAUAAUCUGACCAUCUCUACAGCUCUUUUGAUUAAGAGACAUAUAUAUGGUAGCCUACUGCCCGAUAGAGAUUCUUUGUACUCUCUGCACACUUUUUACAGGGAGCAAACAGCUUCCCUCCUUUAACUAUAGUGAAUCUUCACAGUCCAUUUUUGACAAAAAAGGUAAUGCCUUUAAAGCUGAUCCAGAACAAAUUCCAUACAGUAUCAAUUGUGCCUAUUCAAUGGGAUAUACAGUAACUAAAAGAUAUUCACCACUAUGAUUAACGACUGCUACAGUCGCUAGGGUCAAGACUCUUCAUUAGAUCUGCGUACAGAGUACAAAUACUGUUCUUUGGAAGGCAAAGCAGUGGACUGGUUUUGAGGACAAUGUCACUGCGGAGGAAAGGAAUGUGAUAAAGGAGAAGAGGAAGAAGGGUGUCAUUGGAGUGUAUAUUAGAUCCAGGCCGGAACUGGUUUGAUUCAUUUUUGCAUUAGAUGAAACACAGGUGCCUGUACUCACUUACUGCUCCCUUCGCUUUUAAGGAGCCUUAAAACCGCCAUGAAAAACACACCAAAAAAAACAUCAAAAACACAGAAAAUAUAAAAAGAUCAAGACCUAAAGUAAAGACAAUUCCCAGUAACCCAUUUCCCUGUAGAAAUGAAUGAACAUUUAUGAUGCUGCUUCUAACAAAUAACCCAUGCAUUUUCUUAGCAUGUGAAUGUUGUUUAUAUAUGCGACACGUCCAUACCACAGGAACGACUGCUGUCUAGUGUUCUGUCAUCACCUGGCCUGUAUGCAUAGUGGAUCUGUAGGCUACUUGCAGUUUAUUCACAUCCACUUCUUUUGAUGCAAACCCCCAGAGCACUAACAUGUUAAUGUGGCGAUUAGCCAAUAACAGGAUAAUGCCCUCCAUCUUCAAUACUGCAAAACAUUGCGUCAUAGACUCUGAUGCCAACUACCAAGCUGGCUCAUCAUCGCUACCCCUUGACCUUGCGUAGCCUACAGUGUCCCGUAUUCAAAUCAAUGGCCAUAUGAACCAAAAGGCCCACUACUGACAUGCAUGGGUUUGAGCUGCAGAAUGCAAUGCCUCUAGUACUACACAGGUCCAUUGUCCGCAAUCAAAGAGCUCCUUUAUGACUCCGUCCCCCUCAAGAAUGAAUGUCAUAUAGCCUCGAUGGGAAACAUGUAAUUCUCAAAGCGAGCAUCUCAAACCAGGCCAAGCCAUAACUUAUCUGUUUAAAUGUAUCUAUCUCAUUUUCAACCUGUGUUUCUAAAGCAAAUGUGUUACUUGUACAUCCACAUUUGUUCAAAUUCAGAGGUGCCGUUUGAAGUGACGACCACACCCUUUUAUACGUCUAGGUGUGUGUAAAGUAUCAUUGUCGUUGCAGAGCUGGGACUACACAUGAAUGUCCACUUCGUAGGGUUCACUCAUCUGAGAUGGAAAUGUAAUAGGCCUCUCCAUCUCUGUCUCCUCGUCCCGAGACAGUCAAAUGUACAGGGGUUUAGGGAGAGGGUGGUGCUGUAGACUUAGGAGGGGUGUUAAUAGGAACCGUACUCGUGUAGAGUAUCCUUAUGAAUAUCUAGAAUGUGGUUGAUAUGAGGAAUAGAGAGCGAUGUGCUAGUAGACUUUGCAGGGAAGGUGAUGUUUGCCCGGUUGAUCAUAACCUUAUUGUGUGUGGCGAUAAGUAAAAAAACAGUUAGGUCGGGACAACUAGUCUGUCUAGGGAUAAUCCAUUCUAGACCUCCCUCCUUCUAUUCCCUCGCCGUGUUGAGGUUAGCAUCUUUGGAAAGGUCUUCCUUAUCACUUGACCUGCAGUACCUUUUAUUUUGAUUACCAGGGGCCCUGGUGACAUGGAGAGCCAGGGAGUGCUUUCAGACAGAGCACUGUCAUACCCACAUCCCAUGGUUGUGAUUUUAAUCCUAUAGGGUCAUUUGAUGGAUGUAGUAGUGGCACUGGACUUAACUUUUGCCAUGUAAUGUCUUAGCUUUAGGGAACACAAGGUAACAUACAUGAUAUCGCAACACCAUUCCAGCAGGUUCUUGCAGAAUCACAGAGGUUGAGAUGGCAAUAGAUCACCUUGUUCACCAUUUACCAUCACUGCAGUUUCUGUAUUCUAUUCACACAUACCUAUGUUUAAUGGAAGUAAUACGAUUGACAACUUUCAUGUGCUGUUGUGGUAGUAAAACAGAUGAUGCAAUAACCAACUCAUGAAACUAGAUAUUGGGUAUGGCGGUGUGCUACCUGCUUUAUGCACUGAUGUACCGACUGUUUGUAUUGAUGUGGUCCACGGUGGCACUCCUGUCCAUUGUAUAACCCCGUUGAAAACCAGUGACACACACAGACAUCCCCGCGCGCGCGCGCGCACACACACACACUCACACACUCACUCACUCACUCACACUCUCUCUCUCUCUCUCUAUUGGUUCCAUGUAGUCAGUGAACCAUUACUCAUUUGACAUUGGAGAAAAGCACACAAAGCCUGCCUCUGGGAGAAAAGCAAUACUAUUCAGUUGAUCCUUGUCUGUCAGUGUCUUUGUAUAAUCAAGCCCUCUGUUGAUGUAUGUGGAAGAAUCAUGUCGAUGAAGAAAAUGAUUCAUAAGGCUAGUUAUUGUAUCCGUAUCUUGUUGUUUGCAGAUUCAUUGUCCCUUCUGUAACUUUAAUCAGAUCUGACAAUGUACAAAAAUACCAUCAGUAUUUCUUGUGUUACUAAGUACAGAGUUGUCCUUCACUGUUCACUGCUUCAGUAUCUCUAGGAGAACACUGGCUGUUCAAGACCCUCAGUAUGAGCAGUUCCACAAGCUCUGAGCUCAACUAGCCAUGUCUGAACUGAGAUCAACAAGCUCCGAGCUCGACUAGCCAUGUCUGAGCUGAGAUCCACAAGCUCUGAGCUCGACUGGCCAUGUCUGAGCUGAGAUCCACAAGCUCUGAGCCUGUUUGUGCAUGCCUGAGCUGCAGCAGUGAGCAUGCCCAGUGUAGUGAUCCUCUAGAGGCAGUCGCAUAGCCGCAGUGAUGCAUUGUGGACCGCAUGUUAUGAUAGACUAAAAGCUACAAUCAGCUCAAGCCUGCAUCACCGUGGCAACUCCCCCUGUGAACCAACGUCUCAGGCAACACAGACUAACAGCAUGACUGGUAGUAUUACGAGUAUUAUUUACAGCACAGUUUUAUUAAGCACCAUUUGAUACAAUCUUAUCACACUUGCACAACCAUGAAAUGAAACAAAUGUCAUGUGUCUGUCGGUAUUGAUACCCUGUGCAUCUUAUGACAGUACACAGGAAUACAGGAAGACUUCAAUGAUGUUUCACUGUUUUACUACUACAGCAAAAACCUGGGAAUAUGAUACAGAGCUAUAUCUCACGUUCAAUGUUAUCAAAAUACUUAUCUACCAUGGGAAAUCCAAUCAACGCUAAUACAUGCCAUGAAUUCUCUGCAGCUCAAAUAAGAAUACUCCAAUUUGCUAAUAAUGCAUUGUAGAUUACAUUGCCACAAGGUGUAUGUAUUCAAUAUAAAGAUCUACAAUGAAAGUCGGGACAGAAAUAUAAACAUAUCCGGUCCUCACAUUCUCUGCUUCUUAUAUAAUAGAAGUAAUAAUCAUCUGAUUUGAUACUAAUAUGGGUUACCUGCGGCCCACUGCCAGAGCGACUCCUACUCACACUGCCAAGCCAAGAGUUUGUGAAGUCUGCUCUCUGCUUUCCACAUUCCAGUGCAGAGAACACCCCCUGCUCCAACCUGCAGUAUACUGUACAGUACAGGUCCUCUGGCCAAACUGCAUUUUAAAACUCCUUUUCUAAGUUUUAGCCCACCAAGGCCAAGCAAACAAGCAAAAAAAAAAGUUGUAUCUAUUUGAAUCCUUAUUACAAUGGGUGUGCAUGUGUAGCCAACUGAAGCUACCCACAGCACAGUAUACUCUAUAGUCAAAUAGAUAGGAAUUUACUCUGAACUCAUAGGUAGCCAGGUUACUGCCUGUUAGGAUCAUAACACAGUUUUCAUCCAUGAUUACUCUACUCCAUGGAGCUGUCCAGGGUUCUGAGGGGCUGUUUUCACUCCCUCACUGGCCUCAACCACAGGGUUACUGUCUGUGGGUAGCAGUCCCUAGACGGCCAGGCUCGAAUGGCUCAAGUGGCAGUAUCAUCCUAACUGAUGUCUAAGUACAGUGCAUUUGCUAUUUGUUACUGGGGUUAAAGAGUGCUGUACUUCCAUAAUGUCUUGCUAAAUUGUAACGACCACUGUCAAGCCCAAGCGGAGCAUGAGGGCUAAUGCGGCUCGUGCAGAGGAAAACAGCUCGCCCUCUCACCCAACAAAACACACACCCGCUUACCUGUGAGGCGGUCACUGACUGACCUGACUCAACCCCCUCAGUCUCCAACGUGAUGCUUCCUUUAAGAACUAUAAAGUGAAUGUGCAACUCCCCCCUCCUACUCCUCUUCUUGUAAUAAUGUCCAACGUCCUCCCCUCUCAUUAACUAUGCACCCCAAUUGUUUUUUUUCCUCUGGAAAUGUAGAAAAAUAAAAAAGGAUAUAUAUACAGGAAAUAAAGGUUUGCAUAAAAGGA